AGGGAAGUCAGCGGUUCAGCAAACGCCUACAGACAACGUACGACUGGGGUGGUGGUGCUUGCAAGAGGCCGACUCGCUUUUCGUUCAUAAGCAGCCUGACGGCGGCGCGAACAUGAGCGUUUCCAACGAUGAUGUCCCGAUGGGGGACGUUGACUCCGGGAAUCAACAUCAUCUUCCUCUAUCUACGGACGAGCAGCGCGCGCUGGAGCUGUACGACAAGCUUCAGACGUUGCGACUAGAGAUUGCCCUUCUGAACGCGCAAUUGGCAAACCACCAAGAGCCGCAAAGCUCAGACGAGGUCCCGGAACAGACAAGGCAGGACCUCCUUGAUGCAAGGGCACUGUUCAAGCUGCGUCAAGACGCUGUCGACGCCGUCCUGAUCGCCAACCCGGUCCUCAAGGCCGUGCACAACGGCACCGACGCGACGCCGGUGGAACGUGACCUUGUCUCCUACGUAGAGCAGCGAGACGACGCCGCCAUUGCCGUCUCGAAACACGCGUCGGCAGUGGAAGCCACGCUCAACGAGUCGACGCGUGUCCAGGCCGACACCGCCUUGGCAGUGGCCAGAAAUGUUGAGCUGGUCGCUGAGCUGCUGGACCUCGCGGCGCAGAUCGAGGAGAGGAAGCAAGGCCGUCUGGAUGACGCCAGGUCUCAGGGCGAGGUGCGACGGCUAGAGGAGCAAGUCAAGGCUAGCAAACGGCGGUGGCAAGUCGUAAAGGGCGUGUCCAGCGGCAUGGUUGCGGGUAGCGGUGUGGACUGGGCUCGCGAUGACGAGCUUCGGGACAUGGUGCUUGAUCCAGAGGACGACGAAGACGUCUAAGUAGACAGAGGUGGGCGUCGAGGUGAUAGAGAUGAGCGGCUGUGCGCCCAUAGCUACUUUACGCGCCUCAACACAUUCUGAACCCAGCAUUAUGGCGAGUGCUACUACUCAUACUACACUCAAUCACAGGGUCAGCCCGCCCAUAUUCAGCCUCAUGGUCCGGUCAGAUCGUGACCCGCCUUGUCGGCUGGCUGGGCCUCGCAGCUGGCGAGGGAU